CGCUGCAGCCUCGGGGGCACGGCAGGCGGCGCAAAAGCAUGGAGAAGCGCUGGGGAGCGAGGAGGACCGACGUCGACUCGGGCAUGCAGAUGCAGACGACUGCACAGUUGGGGGCCGCACGUGUGCUGCGUAGAUCCCCGAGCGUGGGAGCGGCGCGCAAAUGAAGCGCAGGGCGCUCGAGAUUAAUCCCGAUGCUGCUGCAUGGCCUCCAGGGAGCAUGGGUGGCGCACUGUCACGUGACAGCUCCACCGGAGGCAGCCUCAAAUGCCAAGCACGCGCGGCGCGUUGUCGAGCUGUCGUGAAGUUUAUUGUUUGGUGACGGCAGCGGAGCAACCACCACCCUUACCUCGCCAUACCCGUCAUUGCUACGCGAACGAGCAGAGAGCGCGCGCGCCAUUCGGAUCUUCGGUUUCGGCACUCAAUUGAGCGGCAUUCGGUCUCCAGAUCCUCCUCGUCCGAGCACGGCUUCGUGCGAGCAACACCGCAGCGCGCAGCCAUGUUCCGCGUGCCCUCCUCCACGCCGCCUUCUACGCCCGACUCGCGCCGCUCAAGUCGCAAUGUGCCCUCGACGACGCCUGCAGGGCCGCCGCCCGACCGCUCCUUCAUCCCUUCCUCCACCCCGGCUGGCGCACCUCCGCCCAUGAACAGCCUCUUCGGGAGCUCGCGCCCCAAUUUCCAGAGACCGAAUUCGCACAGCUUCAACACCUCGGCCUUGGGGAGCUCCCCGCCAAAGCAUGGACUGCUGGAAGGCGUUGGUUCAGGAUCUAUCGGCACCUCUACCUCAGGACGCCCGGGGUCGCAGCGUGGACGAACAGGCUCUGGCUUCCGCGUGCCCAGCAGUCCGCCGCAGGAUGAAGAGGAAGAUGACGCAGAAGGCUCCGAAGAAGAAGAGGAGGACGAAGACAUGGAGGACCAAGAUGAGGAUGAGGAAGACGCCGAUGGAGACGAGGACGAGGACGAGGACGAGGAUAUGGACGAGGAAGAGUCUGAGGAAGACGAUGACCGAAUUGUUGCGCCGCGCCGCUCAAGACCGCAGAAUCGACUGACCCAAUCCGUCGCAUCACAGCACAGCGCACUGGACCCUCUGUCAGGCCCUACACUCGUCAGAGCUGGCGCGAAGCAGACCCAGUACGACCUCUUGGGUGUGGCCAAAAGCCUGACCCAGAACCCCGAGCGCACGGUCCUGCAUGAGCCCGACGAGGUGAUACUAGAAACUGAGCGGCUCAUGGAGAUGUUGAACGAUUCUAUAUUAUCCGGUACGCCUGAGAAGAGGGGUGCUGUGCUGGAGGACAUUGUCCGUGAGCUGUUAGCACUCUGGAAAUCCUCAUCCCAGACCACUGGCCGAGGAGGCUUAGCAUCGAGCCGCUCCGGAGGUGCCGCCGCGCUCUCUAACGCUUCGAAACUGGCGAACCUCCUCCUCAGCAUCCAUCACCCCGGUCGCGUCGUGGAGAACCAACCUGCUCCAGCUUCCUCCCUUGCUCUUGCACGCUCCGAUUCAAGCUACUUUACGCCAAUCCCGAAAGUGUUGCUUGACUGGCUGAAUACCUACCGCUACACCGCAUCCGAGGUGGAAGCCGUCUUAAAUGAGACACGGGGCUACUCAAGGCAUCACAAUUUCUGGGACGCCGUACACAUGUCAGCUUUCCGCGGCCAGUUCUCAAAGACUCUGAAGCUGCUCGAAGGAGCCAACUUCGAGGUCGCGGAGACUGCUCAAGCAGACGGACUAGUGCAGAACGGAAUCGGAUACGCAGAACCGCACGUCACACACGCCAAGCAUGCUACAAACGCCGCUGUCGAACUCCUCAACGAUUGUCCAGCUGUUGUUUCAGGCGACUGGGAUAUAAAAGGGCAAGACUGGAAUAUCUUCAGGCAACGGGUGCACCAGACUUACGCGGACCUUCAAGAGUUUGCUGAAGGAGACAGCCAGAACAGGCAUUCUGUUUCACAGCCCUUCCAAGCUUCGCACUUCGGCAUCUCACAAUCACAAGCCAGCUUUCAUCUGAGCGUGGCUAGCCGAAAAGCGGAGAGCAGGGUUCCGUGGUCCGUCUACCAGAACCUAAGCAAGCUAUACCAGUUGUUGCUGGGUAAUGAGGAGGAGAUCAUUACUCAAUCUUCGGAAUGGAUCGACUCUGUGUUAGGCCUCGCCGUAUGGUGGGAUGGAGACGAAGAAGAUGCUGCCCAAGGGAGUCUCGCUGCAAGUCGACGGUCGCUCGCUCGAUCACAGCGCAUACGGACGGUCGAUGUCACACCGGUGAAGGCAUAUUGCCAGCGCAUGUCCUCCGCUCUAGCUGCCGUCCUCGAAAACACCGAUGAAGACUUCAGUGUCAACGUCACAGAUCGCUUCGAGGUGGGUCUGGCAUGUAUUGUCGACGACAAUGUAGAGGGCGCAUUACAAAUACUGCGCAGCUCGUCUCUGACUGUAGCAUCUGCAGCGGCGGAGGUUGCUAGUGCUGGUGAAUGGUUCACGCGAGCGGGCGGCCUACUUGAUCAAUUUGAUCAGAGCGACCUCAUGGUUCUCAGCUACACCGAGCAGCAGCGCUCAGGCGUAUCAAAGGACGAUGUUCUUGUCGCAUAUGCCAAGCAUCUCACGACCAAAGGCCAGAUUAGUAGUCAAGACGGAAAGACUACGAGAGAAGGAUGGGAACUAGCCAUCCAGAUUCUCGGCAGAUUAGACGACAGUGUAUUAGCCAACGGCAGGAUCGAGCAGAUACUAGACGACCUCCCUCUUCAAUCUGCAGAGCGAGUCGACAAGAUCACGCAGCUAUGCCACAACAUGGGCCUGUCUCAACAUGCCGUGGGCAUCGCUUUGAAAUACGCCAAUCAUCUACAAGCCAACACUCAGAACUACGGCGACACUCUCCUCUACUACGCGAGGGCUCAUGCAGCUCCCAAGAUCCAAGAAGUCCUACGCGUACUCGUCGCUCACUGCCUUGUAAAAUCCAUCGCCUACCCUCCUCCCGCCGAACUGGAUGAUUCAUUAAACGCCCUCAUUACCUCGCCUAAGCAAACUCUCACCAAAUUGUCAAGUCUUGACUCGGAAGCUGCGCAGCUCCUUUCAAACCAUCUAAGCGGCUAUGCAACGAUUCGCAGAUUCUAUGAUUUGAGAGACGAAGAGGUAUUAGUCAAGGCUGGCGAGAAACCAGCACAUCGGCCGAUGGCACGGAGACGCGCAGCGGCCAAUGCGCUGAUAGUCAUCAUCGAAAGCGCAUCUUCCUGCAUCCGCGGCGGUCUCUACGAUCCUGAAGUCGAGAACGUUGUCCAGGUCGACGUGCUGCUGCCUCUGCUGGGAGAGGCUCUCGUCUUCGUGAACCAACCCAAACGCACACUUACUCUUCGCCACCUCUACUCCCUCCUCUCCGCCAUCGAAGACAUCACCACCGCCCCCUCCAUGAUCCGCACACAAUGCGAAGAAGUCCUCGCGACGACCCUCGCCGCUGCGCACGACUCCUCGUCUAAUCCCUCCCACCCCGGUCUCCACAAAUCAACGUCGAACCUCACAACCGCCUCCUCGCAAUACUCGCUCAUCGGCAGCGCGGACUUCGGCUCCGUAGAAGGACAGAGCACGGAGAGCUCGGCGGUGCUGGUUAGAGGAGGGAGUGUGGAUGAUGCGAAGAGGGGGUGGGAUUGGCGGAAGGGUUUUCCGAAGGGCGCGAAGGGCGAGGAUGUGGUGAGGCUUUUGAGGCUGGGGAUUGCGAGGGAGUUGGGAAGAGCGUUUGCAGAGGGGGAGGUUAGCGCGUGAGGGAAUAGAAGGGGCUGGAGGCGACGGGGGGAAAAUACCACGGUAGUGUAAUUUUGGCAUUUAUGGGACAUUGCGAAUCCGGCUAUUGGGUUAGCGGGGCAAAAGUAGAGCCCCGGUGGGCAUAGUGAGCGUAGUCGCUCAACUCAAUGAUGAAUCCGUCU